GCGCAGAGUACAGUGUCAUUGUGUUUAUACCCAUGUGUUGUUUACUAACCGAGCCGCCGAUUUCGUGGCUCUAAAUUUUCCUCCGUCAGGCAGUACACCACCAACAGGGCCCAAACUCGUGCUGGAGGAGGAGUGAGGAGCCCCGUGAGUGUUUCACAAGGAUGGGAGGGACAGCCUUUUGGGCCAUAGUGGCCCUAUGUGCCCUAAUCCUCCUCUUUGGCGAGGUUAGUGGUCAGGCCAAGUCAAAGCCAAUCACGACCCACCUCACUGCCAAAUGGCCCGACUCACCCUUGCUGCUGGAGGCCUCAGAGUACAUGGCGGAGGAGAGCUUGGCCACAUUCUGGGGUUUUGUGGAGACCAUAGCGGAGAUGGAUGUUAAUGCCUACAGGGAAAAGACAGACAAGGAGAAGUUUGAGGACACGCUGAUGACCGCCUCACGCUUCCUGCUUCCUUCACAGCUGCGCAUCCUCAAGUUUGCCCUGUCAGUGCGUGCAUACUCCCCAAAAAUUGAAAUGUUCCGCCAGAUUGUCAUAGACCGUAGCCUCCCGAGCCCUGUGGAGUGCGGCGCUGUGGUGGAUGUGGGUGGCCAGCUGGUCUGUGAUGUGGAUAAGGUGAAGAAGUUAGUGGAGGAGGGAGGAGGAGACAAGCCAGUGGUGUAUGAAGUGGAUCACCAUUUUCCUGGAGGAGAGAAUGCCAAGGUUGUGGCAGUGCUGUAUGCAGAGUUAGGGUCGCCUGAGUUCCCAGCCUUCCACCAAAUGCUGAAGGAGCUGGCCAGUGCUGGGAAAGUAGACUACAUCCUCCGCCAUAGAGUCCAGAAUCACUCCCCUCGUCGGGUGCGUCUGAGUGGCUAUGGAGUGGAGCUGGCCAUCAAGAGCACCGAGUACAAGGCACAGGAUGACACCAAGGUGCAGGAGGAGGAUAGGGAGGUCGUGGAGGAUGAGGAGGGCGAGGUGGAGGUCGAGGGAUUUCUCUUCAAUAAACUAGAGUCCCUCCAUCCUGAGAAGAAGGAAGACCUGAACCAACUGCGCAAACACUUGAUAGAGUCACAGCAUGAGAUGGCACCCAUGAAAGUGUGGCAGCUGCAGCACCUCAGUCUCCAGGCAGCACAGCGCAUCAUGUCUGCCCCGCCUGACCAGCAGCUGUCCAUUCUUGUCCAGACGGCCCAGAACUUCCCUGCGCUGGCUCGCUCUCUGGUUCGCAUCAAGGUGGAUGACAAAAUGAAGCGAGAGAUUCUAAAGAACCAGAACACCCUCAGCCAGCAGAUGGAUGUGAACCCGUCAGACGCUGCCCUGUUCAUCAAUGGUCUCCUGCUGGACAUGGAGUACACCACCAUCUUCACCCUCCUUGACCACAUACGCUCUGAGGACCGAGUCAUUGGGGGACUUCACAAGCUGGGGUUGGAGGGAGAGGCUCUUACAACACUACUUGCCCUGGAUGCCAGCGAUGGACCCCAGGAGUAUGGCAUUGACAUCCGUGACUCCGCCAUCAUGUGGAUGAACAACAUAGAGACAGACAAGGCAUACCGCAAGUGGCCCUCCUCCACUGGGGAGCUGCUGCGCCCCACCUACCCUGGCAUGCUGCGCAGUAUUCGAAAAAACUUCCACAACCUGGUCAUCGUGGCAGACCCAAGCAAAGCAUCCACUGCAGAGCUCAUCCGCCUGGUGGAGAGCUUCAUGAACCACAAUGCACCAUUCAGGAUUGGGUUGGUGAUUGCUGUGGAUUCUGAUGAGUCCUUGAGAGGAUUUGAUGACGCUGGGCUGGCCAUGCUCUGUGCCUUCAACUUCAUCUCAGAAAACUUUGCCGGGAGGGAGGAUGCGAAUCUCAAAGCUCUUCAGUUCAUGAUUGAUAUUUAUGGAAGUUCACAAGGAGACAUCACAGUUGCUGAUAUCACCAACUUCUUUGCCAACAAAUACCCAAGCACUGACCUGGACGAUGUGUUUGGUGAGGACUCGGACUAUGAUGUUGGCAGGAUGUUGGCUCAAGAGUUUGUGGAGAAGGCCGGCAUCACAACUUUUCCUCAGGUGCUGAUGAAUGGUGUGCCACUGCCUGAGAAGCACCUCAAUGCUGAUGAGUUUGAGGAGGUGGUGCUGAUGGAGGUGAUGAGGACAACUCAGAUGUUGCAGAAGGCGGUGUACCGAGGGGAGCUUGGGGACAAACAUGAUGUCACUGACUGGCUCAUGGCAAUGCCUAACAUCAUGCCUAGACUCAACGACAGAAUUCUGAGCACCAAGAGUUCAUCAUACGUGGACAUGACUGGAGAGUCUAAUUUGAGACUCUCAGCUAUAACUUUGGAAGACUUCUCUGCCCUCAAGGCUACAGAAAUGACCUCCAUCAUGACCAAUUCCUUCCACUACCUCUCCACUAAGACAGAGCCAGCCAUCCGGCCCCUCACUGUUUGGAUAGUAGCUGACUUUGACACUGAGGAGGGAAGGGGGCUGCUCGUCGAGGCCAUCAAGUACCUGCGGGAAAGCAACAGUGUUCGUGCAUAUGCUGUACACAAUCUUGACACCACCAAGAGCACCCCAGGAAUAUUCAGCCGUGCCGUGGAAGUUGCCCAGAACACCCUUGCUCCUGCUGUGGCCAGACAGUUCUUGGCUAAGGUGCUGGUGAAGGAGAACGCCAAGAAAAUACUGAAUGGUUCUAAGAAAUGGUCUGACUUUGGAAUAACUGGAUUGGACAUGGAUGCUUUCCUGUCCAGACUCUCAGCACUAAAAGAGGAUGUGUUCAAGAAGCACUCGGCAUAUGCUCGUAAGGUGCUGUCACUGUCCUCUGGGGCCCGGGCAGUGCUGGCUAAUGGUAGGAUGCUGGGGACACUGCGGCCCUCUGAGAAGUUUGUGCAGGAGGACUUUGGACUUCUGGAGAAAUACUUCCAGUCGUCUCUUGGGGAGAAGAUAACAGAAGUGCUUGAGGGAGAAGACUCACUUCCAAAGGGAAACAUAAAUGACAUGAUCAUGAAGGUGGCCGCCAUCCUGCAGACCAAGCCACAAUCUAAGGGCCGCACCAACAUAAACCUGCGUGCUGAACAGUACUCUGUGGUCAAGAUACCCGCUAGAGACCCUAAGAUGCCAGCGUUUGACAUUGUGGCUGUGUGUGAUCCAGUCUCCAGUGCAGCACAGAAACUAGGUCCCAUACUGCUGGUGCUGCAGGAGGUGGUCAAUGCAAAUAUCAGGGUGGUUCUUAAUGCCCGGGAGAAACAUUCGGAAAUGCCACUCAAAAGUUUCUACCGGUUUGUCCUGGAACCAGAGCCCUUGUUCACUGAUGGAGGGGAGCUGGCACCAGGACCUCAUGCUAGGUUCACCAGCAUCCCCGAGUCACCAAUCCUGACCCAAAACUACCAUCCACCGGAGAACUGGCUGGUGGAGGUAGUAGAGUCCCUUCAUGACUUGGACAACAUCAAGCUGGAGUCUGUAGAGUCUGGCGUCCACAGUGAGUUUGAGUUGGAAAACCUGCUGCUUGAGGGCCACUGUUUUGAGCAGUCUUCAGGAAACCCUCCGAGAGGCCUCCAGUUUACUCUUGGCAACAAUAAUCAACCAGUGAUGGUGGACACAAUAGUGAUGGCCAACCUAGGCUACUUCCAGCUGAAGGCCAACCCUGGUGCAUGGCUACUCAAGCUGCGCCACGGACGCUCAGCUGACAUUUACUCCAUUGCCAGCCAUGAGGGCACAGACACCCCUGCAGGUUCAGAAGAUGUGCAGGUAGUGAUGGGCAGCUUCAAGUCACAUGUUGUCAAACUCCGGGUAGCCAAGAAGCCAGGCAAGCAGCACAUGCAGCUUCUCUCUGAUGAAAGUGAUGAAGGUGGUGGACUCUGGAACUCCAUCACUAGCAUGCCUGUUAUCGGGCCCAUAGUUGAGGAGCAGCGGGUUCUGGUGAGGCAGGUUUUUGAUCUGGUUAGGAUCCUCUGGACCAGCACCUUCACAUCAGGCAGUUCCUCAGACGACCAGGACGAGACUAUCAACAUCUUCUCUGUAGCCUCGGGUCAUCUGUACGAGAGGUUCCUGCGUAUCAUGAUGGUGUCAGUUCUGCGUCACACCAAGGCUCCCGUCAAGUUCUGGUUCCUUAAGAAUUUCCUUUCGCCAAACUUUAAGGAUGCUCUGCCACUGCUGGCCAAUGAGUAUGGUUUUGAGUAUGAGCUGGUACAGUACAAGUGGCCACGUUGGCUCCACCAGCAGUCCGAGAAGCAGCGCAUCAUCUGGGGCUACAAGAUCCUGUUUCUGGAUGUCCUCUUCCCACUUGAUAUUAAGAAAAUAAUUUUUGUUGAUGCUGAUCAGGUUGUGCGAGCAGAUAUCAAGGACCUGAAUAAUGAGGACUUGGAUGGGGCGCCCUAUGGCUUUGUCCCAUUCUGUGACUCAAGGAAGGAGAUUGAAGGGUUCAGGUUCUGGAAGCAGGGCUACUGGCAUAAUCACCUGGCAGGCCGCAAAUACCACAUCUCGGCACUCUUUGUGGUUGACCUGAAGAGAUUCAGGCAGAUUGCUGCUGGAGACCGUCUGCGUGGCCAGUAUCAAGGCCUCUCCCAGGACCCCAACUCCCUCUCCAAUCUUGACCAGGAUCUGCCCAAUAACAUGAUCCAUCAGGUGCGCAUCAAGUCCCUCCCCCAGGACUGGCUGUGGUGUGAGUCCUGGUGUGAUGAUGAGUCCAAGAAGACUGCCAAGAUCAUUGACUUGUGCAAUAACCCCAUGACCAAGGAGGCCAAGCUUGUGGCAGCCCAGAGGAUCAUCUCAGAGUGGACCGAGUAUGAUGCAGAUAUAAAGAAUGUGAUGCAGGGCUUCAAGGAGAGUAAAGCUUCACCCGCACCUGAUUCAUCUAGUCAGAGAAGUCACAUAGAGCUAUGAUAUCUGGAGAUGGCUGUUAGGUAAGGCUGAGGUUUUGUAAGUGGUGGAGUUGUAAAUUAUUUAUGAGCAUGUUUUCUGUUCAUCAGGCUGUUGAGUUUAUGAAAAGAUCAGAGUUGAAUUACUUUUGAUGUUUUUACAGAGAAGAAAAGUGAUGCCAUUCUUUUAUAUGAAUAUAGAAGACCAUUAGCUAUAUUUGGUAUGUAUGGAUGACUGUAAACAAAGACAUGGUGUUUUUAGAAUGGUGAAAAUCUUGGAUGUACUGGUACACCUGCAGUUUGUUGAGAUAUUGUUUGUUAAUUUCAUAACACAAAGCCACAUGAUAGGAUUUUUUUUUAAUAAAACACAAAAAUGGCA